AUGGAUAAACAAGAAGAACUUGCUGCUCGUAGUAUCACGGGGAUAAGCACGGAGAAGACGAGACAGACCACCUUAUGCGUCAUCGGGGACGAGAAAGGCAACGUCGAGCAUUUGCGGUUGUUAAUAGACCAGUCCGAGAAGAACGGACACGAAGUGAAGAUAUUCCAGUCCGAGAAAGAUGCGAUUGGGGGAAUCAAGUAUUGUUCUGCGCUUUUCGCGUUUCAGCGCGGCGACGUCGAGUACCGAUUGAGAGAUGAAAUUGUGAGACUGAGCGAGGAUGUGAGAGUGAAUCACAUUCAAGGGACAGAUGUGUUGACGUCGAAGAAAGAGUUGAUGGAGCUUGGGUUAGAUUUUGUGCCGGAAAGGAGAGACGGCGGCGGCGUUCCGGUAAUACGGAAGAAGCCGACGCACGGCGGUGUCGAAGUGAUGUUGAGUGGCGAUACUUUGAAGAAGAGUGAAUCCAUGUACCAGAGAUAUAUCGAUAACGCGUUGCAAAUAGAUGGAAUGCCGUUCGAUUAUGGCGUAUACGUGUUUCUUUCGGAAACGCAUUAUUUAGAUGGCGAAACGAAACAGGCGAAAUUGACGUACGAGGUAUGGAAUGACGUCAUGCUUCGGUUUGCGACGAAUGGCCAGUUUGUAGAAUCAACGUAUACGAACGCGUGGAGUAUGCCGAGUUUAGUGAACGCUUCUUCGCCGGGUAAAGACUUUCAGGCCAAGAUGGCGUUCGCGAGGUACUUGGGCGAGGAAAAAUCGAAAGCGCUUUUCGAAACCAUCGAUCGACGCAUAGAAGAUGCGUUUAGAGCAGCUCGGCCGUAUUUGUCCAACGCGUUCACAACAACCGCUUUUAGUUUGUUACGAUUUGAUUUUGUUAUCGAUGACAACUAUUUUCCGUGGUUGAUUGAAGUCAACGCGUCUCCGAAUAUCAAGCCGUCCUCAAAAGGACAAGAGAAGAUGCUUAUUGAAAUGCUCGAUGUCGUGUCCAAAAAAUUGUUCGCUUUAGAAGAAGAUAUCGUGUUAUCACACGAGCUGACGCGAGAAACAGACAUCCGCAAGAAACGGUACACGAGAAAGUUAGCGCAAUCGGAGUACACGGACGUGGACUGCGUCGUGAGUGAUUGGACGGCGUACGAGCCUUCGAUAUGCGCAGAUCCUUGCUACGCCUCCACGCACACGCAGGUUCGCUCUCGAAUCAUCACGACUCCCCAACGUGGCAGCGGCGCCGCGUGCCCUCCAAAUUUAAUCGAAAGUCGAGUAGCAGAUUGUCCGAACGAGUGCCCUCCACCAACGCCGCCUUCGCCACCGCCUUCGCCUCCACCACCUUCCCCUUCGCCGCCUCCCCAAUGGAAUUACGUAAACGAAAAUGGCGCUCCAGUCGUGUUCACAACGAGCUCGUCGACGACGAGCACUAGCAGUAGGAAGAAGAGUUUAAAACUAUUAGCUUUCGUAGUAGCGUGUGUAGUCUUGUGA